CCCCAGUCCCUCGUUACCAAACAAUUCAAUUGUUUUCGCAGUUUCUUUUCACUUUUGACAUAGUUUACUUCUCUUCUCAUAUCCUGAUACUUGAUAGUUGAAAUGCGCACCUCGUCGCUCAUUCUGGCGGCGGCCUCCGCCGUCUCUGUGUUUGGCGCCCCCCUGGAGAAGAAGGACAACUAUGACCCCCUUCCCGGAGGUGACUCCACGAUCCUGAACUACGCACUCACUCUGGAGUACCUAGAGAGGGCCUUCUACGGCCUGGGGCUCCAGCGGUUCUCCGAGGCCGACUUCUGCGAGUACGCGGGCGAAGUUGGCCAGAGCUUCUACAAUAACCUGCAGACCAUCUACGAGGACGAGAAGACGCACGUCGACUUCCUCAAGACGGCCCUCGGGGCCUCCGCCAUCCCCGAGCCGUCCUUCAGCUUUCCCGUCCCCAACGUCGAGUCCUUCAUCGGCCUCGCCGGUGUCCUUGAGGGUGUCGGCGUGUCCGCCUACCUUGGUGCCGCCGCCGUCAUCGCCGACAAGGCCUACCUCACCGCUGCGGGUUCCAUCCUGACCGUCGAGGCCCGCCACGUGUCCUACAUCCGCGCUGCCCUCCGCCAAAACCCCUUCCCCACCCCCUUCGACACCCCGCUCGACUUCAACCAGGUCUACUCUCUGGCCGCGCAGUUCAUCGCCGGCUUCGCCCCCGGCACCCCAGCGCUGCCGUUCAAGGCCUUCCCCACGCUGACCGUCGAUGCCAUCAGAGGGUCGAAGGCCGUUGUCUUCGAGGGCGCCUACGGGGCUGCCGUCGAGGCCAAGACCGUUCCCCAGGGCGACGUCUAUGCCGUUUUCUUCUCUGGCCUGGACACCUACUACAGCAAGGUCACCGUCAGCGGUGCCGAUUACGUCGUCUUCAUCCCGGCUGGCCCCAAGGGCCAGGUCUACGUCGUCCUCAGCACCGCCAACGGCAAGGACGCCAAGGUCUCUGACGAGAACACUGUCGCUGGCGUUGGAAUCCUCGAGAUCUAAAGGGGUUGGCUGGUGGACAGACCCAUCGACCUGGCUUGGUAGGUCAUGGCGGAGAGUCGCAGGUAGCGGUUCGGGGGCACUAUACGAAUACCUGAUGAAUUAUUCUUAUGAUCUCUUUCGUCUUCCUUGUAUUUAUUGAUGGUAUAACCCCGUGUCUCAAUGGUUUUUAUAGUUAAUUUAAUUCUUGCUCGGUGGUGUGUUCUGUGCAAGUAUGUAUUCCGGUUCGUCAAAGGGAAGGAAAGGCCUUCCUCAAGUUGAGAUCGGGGGAGUAAAUGA